AUGCCUUCCGAAGCCGCUGAUGAAUGGCCCAAAACCUCUCGCCAAAAGGCAGCCAAGAAAGCUCAGAAUGCCAGGCGGGCCAAACAUGAAGCUAUGAAGAAGAGAACGGAACACGCACGACAGCAUAGAACUAAACCCGACCUUUCCAAGGGUUUAUUCAAGUCUCAGCCGGAGAAUGAUAUUGCAAAUGCUGGAUCUACCUCUCAGGAUUGGGACUUGGAGACUUUAUCUGCCGAGGAAGAGCCUAGAGUAAUUGGUCAAUUGAUUAGGGUGUGGGGCGCAUUGCCCACAGCGGUGGCUGAUGUUUAUCCUGACAGGUACCUGCCAGUCUGGGAACUGCUGGUAAAGAAGGAACAAGACUGGAAUGUUGUUGUGAACUGGAUAAACAGUGCUGUUCUGGCGAGGUGUGGAAGACAGGCAUUGAAAGGAAAAUGUGUUCCCCGAGUUCUGGGAUGUGAUCUUCUAAAGGCAUUGAAUAUGCAAUCGCCAGUGGAGCCUGUCUCGAAUGAAGACCUAUCAAUGAUCAAUGGCAAGUUCAACCGGCUGGGACUCAUUACGCUUGCAGCCACCAGUUAUGAGAAGGGGAAAAAGGGCAGCAAACAUGACGCUUAA